GGCAGAGCUACCUGCCGGAGCCCGUGGCGCGCACCGUGCCGCCCAUCCGCCAGCCUUACCUGCUUGUUCGUGCUGGUUGGCCGCCGCCUGAGUGUCGGGUCAGGUGUGUGCGUGCGCGCGUGUGUGUUUGUGUAUGUGUGUGUUUCCAUGACGACCCAGAGUCGUCCCGCCGCGUGUGAAGUGUGGCUACAUGCCAGUGAGUGAGUGCUAAUCAGACCAGUACCAUGACCAUGCUGUGGGCGCUGAUGGUCGUCGCGCUGGCCAGCGGGGUGCGCGCCCAGGGCAACUGGGGCUACAACCCCGCGCCACCGCCCCGCGCGCCGCCCCCGCCCGACUGGCGCCGUGACCCUUGGGUGCCGCCGCCGCAGCCCCCGGCCCAACCGCCGUCGCCAUCCUGGCCGCCUAACACCCUCGACCCCGUGGACAGCGGGCCAGGGGCGUCGCCGCCGCCCUGGGCGCCACCGGACGUGAACGUGGUCCCCCACGGCGCCGGGGACGUGGUGUGGCGACCGGACCUGGCGCCGCCCCCUGACCCGGCGCGGCCUCCGGAUCUGGUGCCGCCCCCGGGCUUCCCCCCGGGCCUUGACGAGCGCCUGGGGGCGGGCCGCGAGCCCACCGAGUUCACGGGCGGCGUCAUCGCCAACCGACAGCAGGUCCUGGAGCGGGGCAGGAGCCCUUACGUCAUCCGCGAGGACCUCAUCAUCGACAAGACCGGCGAGCUCGUCGUCGAGCCCGGCGUGGAGCUGCGGUUCGCGCCCAUGACGGGCAUCACCGUGCGCGGCGUGCUCACGGCCAGGGGCUCCCCGAACGAACGCAUCCUGAUGACCAGCCUGCAGCAGCCGGGCGCGGGGGCGGAGAACCCGGAGGUGCCUCCGCUCCGCCUCGUCGACGGCCCCACCAUCCUGGCCGGCCGCCUGCAAAUGUUCCACCGCGGCCAGUGGCGCUCGGUCUGCACCAACUCGCGAAAUUGGACACGAGCAGAUUUGGAAACUGCAUGUCGUCACUUGGGCUUCCAUGGAGGAUCCUGGUGGGGUUGGGUAGAUCGACAACCUGGAGUUAAACCAAGGCUUUUGUGGGAAGAACCUAGAUGCCGUGGCACUGAAACUGAGCUUAUGCAGUGUGACUGGAACUCUAGGCAACUGGGCUCUGGUGUUUGUGAUUACCAUCCUGAUUUGGGAAUCCAAUGCCUUCCUCUUCAUGUUUCCUCACAAAAUGUUGUUCAUCAUUGGAGAGGAAUCAGAUUCGAGAAAGCAGCACAUGAGAGAAUGCUGACUCAAAUGAACACUUUAUAUAUACGGAAGUCACUUUCUGAGUUGACCAAUGUUGAAAUCCGAUAUGCUGGAGUUGGACAGGAUUACAAUGCAACAUCUGCUGUGGAUGUUAUUGGUGUCCCUCCAAGAAUGAUAGCUGUGGCUGUAACUUACUCUGCCUAUAAUGGUAUUAAUGUUACUAUGCCCAGUGCUCCCAUUGUAAUGAAAAAUUGUACUUUCCGCAAUAACAGAGGAAUUGGAGUUUUUAUGAAUAGUACAUCAGGCCUUGCUCACCUGGAGAACUGUCUUAUCAUGGAGAAUGGUGGAGAUGGUGUUCGUUAUGUUCAUCAUGACCUUCAUGAAAACGCUCGCUUUGAUCGAUCUGAGAUAUUUGACUUUUGCACUUUCCCUACCACUGCAAGUCAAACAUUUCCAAUCACCAUCUCCUUGGAGCAAGGACAAUACUCACCAACUGAAAAGGAUUGUACAAAAUACUUUUUUACACGACCGGGACAUGUUUUGACACUACACUUUCUGCAAGUCGUCACUGGAAGAAAUGACAGUGCAAAAAUUGAAGUGUAUGAUGGAGCAAAUGCAAAUGAUGUACUGCUUGCAACUAUUAUGAUUCGCAAUGGGACCAAGCCGCAAAGUAUCACCACAACAAGACAUAAUGUGUACGUUCGCUUCCGAGCGCAACCCAAAACUCAAAUGAUUGGGUUCCUCAAGAUCACUUCAGGCUACAGAAAGGCAUAUGAUCUUAAUGUGACUGGCUCUACAAUAGCUGACAAUAAUGGAAGAGGAAUAGCAGCAGAAAAUAUAAGAUCUCAGUUACAUGUUCAUCAGUCAUCUGUAUCCAAUAAUAAUCAUGUUGCUGGAAUUCAUGUCUUUGGUGGUGCAGCAGAUGUCAACAUAACUGAUUCAAGGAUUGCCUUCAAUAUGGGUGAUGGUGUCAAUAUAAGUUACACUGGAGGAAGCCGUAACAUAAGUUACUCUUGGUUAUCAUCUAACAAAGGCUAUGGCAUGGCUGUCUGGCUCAAUGACUCAAAAUAUCUUGAGCAUGUUGCACUCCAUCAAGAAACUGUUGUGGCAUACUCUGAAAUUUAUAAAAAUCUUGACACUGGAAUCCUAGUAGGAAAUUUCUGUGGCCCAUCCAUUGUCAACAUAACUGGUAAUGGUUUCAAUAACAGCCUGAACACUGCACUGGAGGUGCUGUCAUGCUGGAAGUCAAAUGUCUCUGUUCCUACAAAACUUCAGAUUGGACAUAACACAUUUGUUCAAAACAAAAGAUUGGGUGUCAAACUGAAGCCAGUUCUUAAUAUGAACGGAAAAAUAGAAUAUAAUCACUUCACAGACCAUGCUUAUGGAGGCUUAUUGAUUAGAAACCCUAGAAUUGAGGGUGAAGAACAGCAAGAACUGUUCCCAGUCAGUCUAACAGUUCAGUAUAAUGAUUUCUCUAAUAAUCGAGGUGUCUUUGCUGUUAGCUUGGGUCUUUCACCUUAUGCUGAAAAAUCUACUCAAUACCUUCUUUUUACAAGGAAUUUUGUAAGAUAUAAUAGAAUUUCAGAGCCAUUCGAGACGGGUAUUGGGGAGUCUUUGAGAUUAAUCCCGCGCAGUCGUGUAGCAGCUCCGGUUGUGAUAUCAUCCUCAAAUGUUGAUGUGUUCAGAAAUAUUAUAGAAAACCAUGAAUCCCGUUAUGAGGUUGGUUCUCAUCUUGAGGACCAAAGUCAAGUUAUCAACUGCACUUACAAUUGGCUUGGUUAUUCUGGUGAAGAAAAGAUCUUUUCUCGGCUUUUCCACAGAAAGGAUCGGUAUAACUUGGCAAAGAUAGAGUAUCUGCCAUUUUUAUUGCACAGUAGUAAUCCAGGUGCUACUAUUAUUUCGGUAAAUCCCACCUAUGUUCCUCAGUUCCAUACUUCUGGAUCUAGCAUAGUUGGUGGGGAAGUAGAUGGCCAAGAGACACUCCGAGCUGGUGAAUACCUUGUAGAACGUGACAUAAAUGUGAGACCCGGUGGCAAAUUAGUUCUUCAGCCUGGUGUGACACUACGUUUUCCUCCAUCAGUUGGUAUGAUGGUAGCCGGCAGACUGGAGGCUAGAGGGAAGGGCCCCAAUGACAUACGUUUGACUUUGCGUGAGGAACGUAUUGAUAUGCCAGAGAAUGACACUGAUCCAACACUACUGAUUCCUGAAGAAAAUAGAGCUCCUGUUAGAUUACUUGGAGGUCGAACAAAUCGAGAAGGUCGUUUGCAGGUGCGAAUUGACGGAGCUUGGGGUACAGUAUGUAAUUAUGGGUGGACCAGAUUAGACGCUGCAUUAGUAUGCCAUCAACUUGGUUUAGUUUUAAAUCCAGAUGAUUGGUUCCUGGAAAGAAGUGAAAUCCCUCAGGCAGGCACUUCGGAAAACAUCCUUCUGAGCAAUGUGAGGUGUGAUGAUGAUGACACAGAUAUCACCCAGUGUCGUGCUGAAAGACCAGACGAAUUUGAGUUUUCAUGCACCCAUGAGAAUGAUGUAGGACUUCGAUGCUAUGAUACUUCCUGGGCUGGUGUGCGCUUAGGGGUAGUGGCUGAACGAGCGGAUCUACAAUUUAUUACAGUGGAAAAGGCUGGCCUUUUAGAUUAUACCACAAAUUCUUUCAAGCCUGCUCUCCAAAUUGACUUUGCCCGGCAUGCUUUGGAAAGUGUCCGUAUUGUAGACAACAUGCAAGAUGGAUUAGGUGUGAUUUACUCUGAUCUUUACUCAUCCGGAGGAGUAAACACAGUAAGAAACUGUGAAUUCAGCAACAACCGAGGAAGUGGUGUCAGUCUGAAGCAAUUAGGACUUAAAAUCUUUGGUUCAACUAUGGAAAACAACAAACAGGCUGGCAUUCGUCACAAUCCAGCCCUAUCUGCACUACAACAGCGUGAAUUAGCAGGAUGGUUCAAACCCCCAGCUGACCUAGCCACUCAGUUUGUUCCAUACAGCCCUCUUUAUGUUCCCCACACUUUCUCUAAUAUUGAGCUGGAUGACUGGGAAACACGCCAUCUUAUUACUCAAAGAGUUGUUACUGACCCAAUAAAAAGAUCAUUUUUCAUUAAGUGCAAACCAGGCUUUGUUAUUGGUGUUCAGCUUUUGAACCCUAUACAUAACAGAAGUACUGAGGAAAUAAUUGUAAGAGAUGCGCACAGUCCUACUGGUGUUGCUCUGGCUGCAGCAUGGAAUGUCAAAAGAGACCAGACUAUUUUCCCUGCUGCAAGUAGUUCAUAUGGAAUUGUCAUUGAAUAUGACAGUGGAGUUGAUGCUCUUGGAGGCUGUGUUCUCGUUUUGUCAUCUGUCCAGAUUCCAUUGCCUGACCCGCGUUUGCGACUGGUACGCGGUCCGGUUCCAACUCUUACUGUUACAAAUUCACGAGUCCGUGGAAAUCGACGUGGUGUCUGGGCCUCAUAUUACAACAGAUAUCUCACAGAACAUGAAGAUCACUUCCUUCGUAAAGCAAAUGAAAGUAUUCAACUGAUUGGCUGUGACAUUUCUCACAACCAGGAGGAUGCUAUGCAUAUUCACUCACCAUUUUGGGAUAUUCAUAAAUCUAAUCUGUCUGAGGUUACUAUCACAAUCAACAGCUCUCUAAUCACUGACAAUGGAAGAGGCAUAUAUCAGUUCAGCAGGGAUAUGAGAAGUUCCAAUAAUUUAUUCCAUUGGAUCCUGUUUGAUAACUCAAUUGAGAGAAAUUUAGGGGGAGGAUUUGAUGUCUCAUUGCCUUAUGUUUGGCAAUAUAAUGAAAACUACACUCACUCAUUUUUCCUUUCAAACAAUACCUGGAGGGACAAUCGUAACUUUGCUUUCAUAAUUGAUGGUCAUUUUGCUGCUUUGAAUUUGACAAAGAAUAUAUUUGAUUCAAACCAGUGUAAAACAGGACUGAUAUCAAUCAGGGGGAUGGAAAAGCGAAUGAACAUCUACAGAAACCGUUUUGAACGUAACACCGGAGCUUACAUGGUUGAAUUCAGAGCUGACAGCCAGUCUGAAAUUAUGGGCAAUGUAGAUGCUGUAAUGGUGGAAAAUGAGGUUCGCCAUAACCGCGAUAAUGCACCACUUCAGCGUGGUUACUUCCAGGUUUAUCGUUCUCCGAGCUGUGUUGUUGGCUUUCAUGGAAUACAAAAAGUAAGAGUAAAGAGAAAUUUAUUUUCCAACAAUGAACUUGAUUAUGUGCUUGUUGCUGGAGUUCGCACUGCUCAGUUAGCCAGUGCUGUGGAUGUUUCUGAAAAUUGGUGGGGAACAUCAGAUGCCCAUCUCAUCCGUGAACGAAUAUUUGACUUUGAUGAUUGGAAUAAUCAUGCACAGGCAGAGUUUAGACCGUAUUUGCUACAGGACAACAUAGAUUCUUCACUCUCGGUGUCAUUUGAGCAGCCAUCAAUAGUUGAUACAAAUAACUUAGGUGGAAGGUACAAGGAUUCCCUUCGGCUAUUUUAUCGUCCAGAACCAUAUCAAAUUUAUUCUGACAUCACCAUACUCCCUGAUGCUACUCUGACAAUUGAUCCCGGGGUAGUUAUGGAAUUUGCUCCAAAUGUUGGCAUUCUAGUGCUUGGGACCAUGCGUGCCCAAGGAAGAAGAGAUCUGGAAAUUGUAAUGAAACCAUUGCAAAUUCGUGGUCAUAAUGGACCCACAAUGGCUCAGCCUGGAUCUCCAGUGGCAGAAAUACCAUCCAAUCAUCUGAUAAAGAAACGUGCUGUUGAAUACCCAUAUGUUGCAAGUGGCCAUUUUUCUGAUUCCAUUCGCCUGUGCACUGGGCGAAACUGCUCACAGCAAACCAAUGAAGGCUUUUUGGAAUACUAUAAUCGCACCACAUUGCAAUGGGUUCCAAUGUGUGAUGACCGUUUCACUGAGCGCAAUGCUCAAGUAGUUUGCCGUGAACUGGGCUAUGACUCACUUAAUGUGUUUGUCAACCAUGGCACUCGUGUUGAAUUUCAUUUCAAUUCAUUAACAAGAAUUUGGUCAUGGCCUGAGCCUCUUCAAUGCAAAGGUGAUGAGGCAAAACUAGAAGACUGUGCCAUUAGACUAAAUGGUCAGUUGUAUGGCCAUCGGCAUCGUUGUGAAUGGGACAGUCCCUUUAUAUUUAUUCACUGUGGCCAGAGAAAUUUAUAUGGUACAAUGGAUUACUGGGGUGGUGUAAGGUUUGCAAAUGCUGAGUUUGAGCAGAAUCUAUAUGAACAUCGCAUUCAUGAUGUUGUGACUCACGAAACCACAAGGCGGUCAGAAUCAAUCAUGGAACAUGUGAAAAUAAUUGGAGCAGGUAUCUUACAUAAUGAAAAGAGCCCAGCUAUUCAAGCUGUGGUUCGCUCACCCACAAUUAUGAGUGUCAAUGUGUCAAGAUGUGCCUCUCAUGGUAUAAACAUGAUAUCUCCCUCAGAGGCAGUGCGCCUUCUUUUCAAUAGAAUUGAGGAUACACUUGGAGUAGGAGUCAAUGCUCUUACUUUGACUGGUGAAGGUAGAGAAUCAGAAAGUUCCUUUAACCCAUUAAGGGACAUUAAUAUUCCUUACCAUGUAUUCAGCCUCAUUGAUAUUUGUGACCCUACAAAAGUUGUCACAAUAGAGGAAAGAGUUUUAGUGUACUACAAAUAUGACAACCAUGCUGUCAACUGUGUGAAGAUAUUUAACAGUGUAUAUCAUGUGAAACCAUUUGGAUUUAGGCUGCUUCAGUUCAACUUAUUCAAUACAUCUGCUCACCCUGGCCGUCCUGAUAGUAUAACUCUGUAUGAUGGAGACAUUUACAACAUCUCUGCAAGUGUUCUUGCCACAAUUCAGGUUGGUGGUGGAAUGGAGAGAAAACUUUUUAGAACACAAGGCCCAAAGCUCAGUCUGAAACUGUUUGCUAAUGGAGGUAGCAAUAUUCAUGGCUUUAUAGCUGAAAUUGUCACCUUACCUAUUUCUGCUAUCGGAUUCAAUAGAGAUGUGCAGCACAACAUUUCAUUCUCGGCCAUGCUGAAUAAUCAAAGAGGCGCUGUUAGUUAUGUCAGUGCGGGUGAAGUCAAUCCAGCCGUGACUUUAGAGUGGAAUCAGAUUCGAGGCAAUGGAAACAAGCUUUAUGGAAAUUUCACAAGUGCUGAAGCAGCUGUUAUGAUGGAUGUCCAAAACACUCAAAACAUAUUCUUCAGGAAUAAUCUGGUUGAAGGCAAUACUGGAGGCUUAUGGAUUCGUUCAGACUCUGGUGGCUCAGCCACAGCUCUGAAAGGUUGGGUUCACAACAAUCUUUUCUCUGAUAAUGCUCAUCGUCCUGCACUAUAUGUGGAGGGAAGGCAGAGUUCACCCUAUCAGGAAGUUACCAUUUACCGAAAUUACUUCACUAGAAAUUAUUCACCAUAUCACAAUGUGAUAGUUUUGAAACAGGUUGUGUCCAAUUUUACUUAUAAUUACUUACACCGUAACUGGGGAGGCCACAUUCUUGAAGUUUCUGGAUUUGAAAAAGUACGUCUUCCUAUCUACCAAACAACCUCUCACAAUGGAUUUUACUUUAACUAUGCCAUGGAUCGAGAAUCAAGAGGAACUAUUGUGGCAGGAACGGCAGGCCAACACUAUGUAGACAAUGUGCUCUUUGAUCCAGAUAAUGAUUAUGAAAUUGUCACAGUAAAUCGGUCGCGAGCUGGCAUUUCCAGUAGUCUAGAUGUGUGGAAAACACCAAUAGAUGCUAAGCACAACUGGUGGGGUUACAAUGAAACCUUAGCAGUUUUGGGUCGCAUCAAAGAUCGGGCAGAUGAUCCUGAUCUAUUGGAAGUUGACUUUAGACCCUACCACAUGAAUAACCUGACUGUCUUGAGUGGAAAAUGUCCCCCUGGCUGGGCACUUGUUGGGGAUACUUGCUAUAUUUACAUAGGAGCUCCAAUGACCUUUCAUGAUGCUCGCAAUUUCUGUCGCUCUGCCAAUGCUUCAAUGCCAUAUGUUAUGAGCAACUAUGUGCAACUGUAUAACUUUUUGAGGCGCCAACAACAAGGUUUCCAGCUGCGCCACCAUGUGUGGGUCCAAAAUAUUGAUCGCAUUAAUCAGUGUACAGCUUUUGCAUAUCAGACAGUAGAGGUUGAUCACUGUGAGCGCUUAAAUCCUUUCAUCUGUGAAAUGGAUCCAAGAGUUCAUAUUGACAUUUUAAGUUGGCGUGAGGAUGUUGUCACAAUAGCUGUACUGGGUAUAGUGGGUGCUGCGUUGGUUUUGGUAGCAUUAGCUGCUGGCUUCUGGUUCACCAAGUCUAGAAGACGGCAGGAAGAACGUUUCCAAAGAAGGAAUUCCAUUCGACAGUCCCUUCACUCUGUUCGUUCUCUUGGUUCUGUUCAUGGAACAACAUUUUCAGAGUUAGGAUAUCGACGCAAAGAACCAUUCACAGGAGCACACAACAGUCAGCGCUCAAGCCCUACAUUGACUAAAGGCUCAGAUUAUAAAAAGAUGAAUGGAAGUCUAGAUUCUAUGGACAAAUCACAAUUUAAUUCAUCCGUAGAAGACACUCAAAGCUUUGAUAUUUAUGAAACACACAAUCCUCAGGCUGCAGGCAUGACUACUGAUGCUCGUGGAGGAUAUGCAUAUACAACACCAUCUGACUUACGAUCUACUGGAGAAGUUGUGAAUCCAGCCUUUGAUCUCUCAUUCCGUAAUGAAGGGUUCCGUGAUAAUUCUACCUUUGCAUCACGGGACAACAGUCUAUGGCAAUCAACAGCAGGAAGUGAAAUGGGUGGAGGUCACAGCCCAAGUGAAGGAGGAGACUACCUCACCAAUGCUUCAACUCUCCCCCUUAACACAAGUUUUGGGAUGACAGACUCCACAUUAGGGGUUGAUGUAGCUGUUACUCCUGCAUAUGGAAGUGAGGCUACAUAUCGGCCUACUGACACACCAGAUCCAUAUUAUGACCACAGAGAACGUCUUAGAGAAGUGUCAGAGUCUUACUUUGAUCCAAAAGGUUCACCAAAAACCUAUUAUAGCUCUGCAAAAGCCACCCCAGAACCAUAUUAUCAGUCGACUAGUGGUUCAUCAGAACCUAUGUAUAAUCUACAAGAAAGACCAAAAAGUACUCACAUGGUGCUUGAUAGUGGUAUAGACAAUGCUGCAAAUGAGAUUGGACUUCCAACACCACCUCAUCCCCCUUCAAGAUCAAAGAGUGAAGUCUUACUUGAGACAAACUUUGAUGUCUAUGCUCCACCAAGCUCAAAACCUUCAAAUGCCAGUGCUAUGACCCCUGCCAGCCGAAGUAAGAGUCAGCCUCUUGAAACGGCAAUGUGAUAUAUACCAGUUUUAUAUUUUUCUCAGAAGCUUUUCAAACCAAAAAUCUCAUCUCAACACUAGAAAGCAUUUGUUACCAAUAUUGACAAUUUAUUUCCAAUGAUUUGAUAGAUAUUUUAGUUUGUUAUUGUUGACAUUUAAACAAAAGCGAUAAAAAUGUUGUAGUCUUUUACCCUGUAUGAACAGGGAUGUGUACUGCAUGUCUGAAAUGUAAUCAUGGUUGUCAAGCCCCAUGUUAUCAUGCCAUCCAUUUGGUAUCUCGAAGGAUGCCCUUGUGAUCUCACUUAUCUCAAACAACUCAUAAUUAGUUUUAUUUUUGUAAUUGUAAAGUUUUUAUUUUACACUUAAGAAUCUAGUUUAACAAUGGACUACUGCCUUUACUGCAUAAGCAGAUGUAUGUUUUAUAGAAAUUGCAUUCUUAAUUAUCUAUGAAAACUUCUAUUUAACAUUUGCUAUAUUCGUUUAAUAAAGCUAUAAACAUCAUAGUUUUGACCAUAAUUAUAAGAGCAAGUGUGUGUGAGAGAUGAGGAUGAUCUGGUACAUAUCAUUAUAAAUCCAGUUGAAUUGUGUAAGUUUAAGGCACUUGUGCUAGUCUAUUGUAGGCAAAUAUUUAGAACCGUGUAAACAUAUUGAAAUUUGAAAUUGAUGCAGUGUAAUUCUUUUCCUUUUUCAAAUUAACAGUAGCUGACUCAUGCUCUUUAAAUUACAACUGUUUUCUCGACUUGUUAGCUUGUAAUAUUGAGUGAAAAUGUACUACCACCAGUUAUCUGUAACUGUGAGGUGCUGAUCAAUACCCUUGUUAGAGUUACCAAAAGUUAGAAGCAGGGUAUGUAAUACCCAUUACUGAUUUCAAAGCUCAAGUUGUAAGUGGCACAUGAACAGCAAGCAUACUAUGCAAAGGUAUGGUAAAUAUCUAUGACACUUCCACUAGAGUUUAAAGGGCAGAAAACACUGAUCUGAAAGUUCUUGAUUCUUAACUGUGAUCAAGUUGUACAGAAAGCUUUUUUUGCCAGCUGUGUUCAAAAUGCAAUUCUUCUCCCAUCUAAAUUAUUUAGAAUCUUACAAUUAUGCAUUUAAGUACUCACAAACCUGUCAACCUUAUACUUUUGUACUUUCCGUCUUUCUUUCAAAUAAGGCCAGUCACUGCCAUUUUAUAGUACGGGAACAUUGAACUGAGUCCAAGAUUCCAUAUAAUGCACUACUCUGUAAUAUGAUUUAAAUUAAGCAGAUUCCACAGUGAAUGUAUUUGACUUGUGAAAUAUUACAAGUACAAUAUUUCUAUAUAUUCUUUUUUGAUGUAGUCAGAAACAUGCUAAAAAAGAAAAGAAAAAAUAGCAUGUUGGAAAGCACUGUGUAUAUAAAAGUAACUUUGAGUGUAAAAAUGAAGCCACUGUGAUAUUGUACCUAGCUAAAACUCAUAUAUAAGGUUUGCCUUGAAAUUGCAAGGAUGAGAAAAAGAGCAAUAAAAUAAAAAUAAAAAACAAA